GAUUGGUAAAAAAAUUUAGAUGUAUGGGUUUGAGUUUGACGAGGAAUGUUUUAAGGACAUGCGACCCGCUGCCAUCCCAGGCUUCAACCGAGCGAUUCCGCACAAAAGCACAAAUGAUGCAAUAGCAGGUCAUCUGAAUAGAAGAGGUCAACAGGAUGUCUUUCAGCUGAAUUUAAAGAUAACCCAGCUAGCCAAAAGAGGUGACAUUGAUGAGGCCGUCAGAGUAUUCAACGCAAUAGCACAUCCCAACGCUGUCACUUACAACUCGAUGAUCUCCGCCUAUGCUAAGAAUGGAAGAAUCAGUGAGGCUUGUGCUCUAUUUAAUCGAAUGCCAUUUAAGAACUUGAUUUCCUGGAACACAAUGAUGAGCGGUUACUUGUAUAAUGACUAUUUUAAAGAAGCAGCUGACUUAUUUGAUAAAAUGCGUCGAAGGGACUCUUUUACUUACAGUCUCAUGAUUACUUGUUAUGCACGUAGCGGUUUCGUAGAAAAAGCAAGGCGAAUAUUUGAUUCGAUGCCCGAUAAGAGUUGUGCAGCGUGUUGGAAUGCACUGAUUACAGGGUAUGUCAAGAAUGGGAUGCUCAGCGAUGGUAGGAAAUUGUUCAAUGAAAUGCCAGUGAGGAACUUGGUUUCGUGGAAUACAAUGCUCUCCGGAUAUACCCGUAGCGGGCAAAUGUGUUUGGCUGCUAAGUUUUUCGAAGUGAUGGAAGAAAAGGAUUGGGUUUCGUGGAAUUUGGUGUUAGAAGGGUACACGCAAGCUGGUGAUCUGCAUGCUGCUAGGGAGUUUUUUGAAAGGAUUCCCAAUCCAAGUGUUGUUUCUUGGGCCACAAUGUUGAGUGGCUUAGCAAGGCAUGGCCACCUUUCAGAGGCAGAGGGAUUCUUUAACAACAUGACGGAGAGAAAUGUUGUUGCUUGGAAUGUGAUGUUGGCUGCAUACAUUCAGAAUUGCAAGGUUGACAAGGCAGUAGAGUUAUUUAAUGAGAUGCCAGAGAAGGAUGCUAUAUCAUGGACUACCAUCAUCAGUGGUCAUGUCCGAAUUGGUCAGCUUGAAGAAGCAAAGAAAUUGUUGGAUAGAAUGCCUUAUGAAAAUGUAGGGUCACAAACAGCCAUGAUACUUGGCUUUAUUCAGAACAAUAGGAUGGAUGACGCCCGUCAAAUUUUUGAUCGCAUGAGGAAACGUGACACUGUCUGUUGGAACACGAUGAUCGCGGGAUAUGCUCAACAUGGAAGAAUGGAUGAAGCUUUCGAUCUAUUUCAAAAUAUGGCCCCAAAGAAAAUAGAUACUUGGAACACCAUGAUUGCGGGCUAUGCUCAAGUAGGAAAAAUGGAGAGAGCACUUGAGUUGCUUGAGCAAAUUGAGGAAAAGAAUGUAGUUUCUUGGAAUUCCAUAAUUUCAGGUUAUGCACAAAAUGGGUUAUACAUGGAUGCACUCAAGAGUAUUUUACUCAUGAUUCGUGAUGGAAAGAAGCCUGAUCAAUCUACUUUUGCUUCUGGCCUAAGGGUCUGUGCGAGUCUUGCAGCUGAGCAAUUUGGGCAGCAACUUCAUCACAUUGUGGUGAAAAAUGGUUAUAUGAAAGAUAUGCUUGUCAGUAAUGCUCUAAUUACGAUGUAUGCCAAGUGUGGAAGUAUCUUGAGUGCCAGAGAUGUAUUCAGUGAUGUUGAUAACCUUGACGUGGUAUCCUGGAAUUCUUUGAUAGCGGGCUAUGCUCUAAAUGGAUAUGGGAUAGAGGCAUUCAAACUUUUCCAAGAAAUGGAAGGAUAUGCUGUCAAUCCUGAUCAAGUUACUUUUGUUGGGGUUCUUUCUGCAUGUAAUCAUGCAGGCUUAGUUUCUGCAGGUCUAACCUUGUUCAAUUGCAUGACGCAGAAGUAUGGCAUUGAACCUUUGGCUGAACAUUAUACUUGCAUGGUCGAUAUGCUUGGCAGAGCAGGAAGGUUAGAGGAAGCCUUUGAGUUAGUCAGGAAAAUGAAGGUCCAAGCCACUGCAGGAAUAUGGGGUGCUCUUCUUGGGGCUUGUCGCUUGCAUAAAAAUGUGAUGCUUGCUGAUUUUGCUGCUAGGAAGCUUUUUGAAAUUGAACCUCAUAAAACAUCAAGUUUAGUGCUUCUCUCAAAUGUUUAUGCUCAGUCAGGGAGGUGGGAUGAGGUCGAUAGAGUUAGAAAUUUCUUGAAUCAGAAUGGCAUUGAAAAGGAGCCAGGAUGCAGCUGGAUUGAGGAUCAAUGCCAGAUAUCGGUCUUUCAAUCUGAUGAUUAUUCAUGGCCAAAAACAGCAGAGAUGUAUAGGGCAUUACAGAUUUUAACAACACAGAUUAUGGAGCUUUCCUGUUUAAAUAGUAUUGAGUGUACUCUUCUUGAUGUUGGAUGAUUUAUUUCAUCACAUGCAUCAAAUAAAGCUUUAGCGGUACUUCAAAAUGCCUUCCUGCA